AUGUCCAAAACGAUUCUGCUAACGGGCGCCUCGCGCGGCAUCGGCCUCUCCAUAGCCAAAUUCCUCCUCUCCCAACCCGCGAACCACAAUCUAGUCCUAAUCGCCCGAACCACGCAACCCCUCCACGACCUCGAAUCCACCUACGGAAAGAACAGAAUCGCAAUCCUCACCGGCGACCUAUCCGAAUUCGACCUUGCACAAAAAGCCAUCGACCUCGCAAAGGAUCGGUUCCAGAGAUUAGAUGCUGUAAUCGUAAACCAUGGCGUCCUAGACCCGGUCAAGAGGUUGAGCGAUUGCACAGCCGAAGAAUGGCGCAAGAGCUACGAUGUGAAUUUCUUCUCGGCCGUAGCUCUGUCACGGGCGGCCUUGUCUUUACUACGGGAAUCGAAUGGAACGAUUCUAUUUACCUCUUCAGGAGCGGCUGGGAAUGCCUAUCCAACAUGGGGAGCGUAUGGGUCAUCAAAGGCGGCACUGAAUCAUUUGGCAGGCACGAUUGCGAAUGAAGAGAAAGAUAUCGUGAGUAUAGCGAUCAGACCGGGUGUCGUGGACACGGAAAUGCAGAGGGAUAUCAGGGAGAAGCACUCUGGUUCCAUGGAUCCGAAAGACGCAGCGAAGUUCAAGGAGUUGAAAGAGACGGGAGGCUUGUUGAAGCCGGAGCAGCCGGGACAUGUUAUGGCCAAGUUGGCAGUGGAGGAGAAGAAUAAGUUGGAUGGUUUGAGUGGAAAAUUCUUGACGUGGAAUGCGGCAGAGUUGAAGGCAUGGCAGGAGUGA